AUGGAGCGGCGAGGAGCAGCGGCGGCGCCGUCGCUGGAGCUGCCGGGGUUCCGCUUCCACCCCACGGAGGAGGAGCUGCUGGAGUUCUACCUCAAGCACCACGUCACCCGAAACAACAAGCAGCAGCAGCUCAGGGCGCCGUUCGACAUCAUCCCCACGGUGCACCUGUACCGGCACGACCCCUGGGACCUCCCGGGCCUGGCCGCCAUCGCCAGCGAGCGCGAGUGGUACUUCUUCGUGCCCCGCGACGGCGCCCGGAAGCACGCGUCCGGCGUUGCCGGGGGCGGGCGCCCGAGCCGCACCACGGAGCGCGGGUUCUGGAAGGCCACGGGGUCCGACCGCGCCGUGCGCUGCGCCGCCGAUCCCAAGCGCCUCGUCGGGCUCAAGAAGACGCUCGUCUACUACCAGGGCCGCGCGCCCCGGGGCACCAAGACAGACUGGGUCAUGAACGAGUACCGCCUGCCCGACCUCGCCGGAGCCGGCGCCGGCGAGCAGCAGGACGUGGUGCUCUGCAAGGUGUACCGCAAGGCCGUGUCGCUCAAGGAGCUGGAGCAGCGGGUCGCCAUGGAGGAGCUCGCGCGCACGCGCUCCUCCCCGCCCACCACCACGGCCUCCCACUGCAGCGCCGGCUCGCCCGACGUCUCCUCCGCGUCGGAGACGGCCAAGGGCGGCGCUGGGCUGGAGUGGAUGCAGGACCCGUUCCUGACGCAGCUGAGGAGCCCCUGGAUGGAGGGCCUCUGCUUGUCUCCCUACUACGCCAGCGUCCUCAACUUCUAG